UUGAAAGUAUUCUAGAAGGCCUGUUUGGACCUGGAUUAUUAAAAGAUCUCAGUUUGUUUAAAGACUGUGAGCCUGAAGGUGUUUCUGAUUGGUCUUUUGAUGAAAAUUGUCUUUUCUGCUGCCUGAGAAGAGAAAAAGUGAAGGAACACUUAGUCAGUCUGGAUGAGCCAGCCUCGGAAGCUGGACAAGAAGCUCUGCUUAGACAAGAGCAAGCAAAAAUCAUUCGUUUUGAAAGGCAAGCGGAAGAGUUCCUCAAUGCAGUCUUUUACAGAAAAGACAGUCCUAGGGUCUCUGACCCCAAUAUUCCCCUAGUGGCCCGUGAGAUCAUGCAGCGAAUGAUCCGACAGUUUGCUGCUGAAUAUACCUCAAAAAAUAGCUCUACUCAGGACUCCAGCCAGCCCAAUAGCACAAAGAACCAAAGCCUGCUGAAAGCAUCUCUGGUCGCCUCCUCUCCCACGGCUGCAACUGCUCAGAACCCUGUGCUCAGCAAACUGCUCAUGGCUGACCAAGACUCACCUCUGGACCUUACUGUCAGAAAGUCUCAGUCAGAACCUAGUGAACAAGACGGUGUGCUUGAUUUAUCCACUAAGAAGAGUCCUUGUGCUGGCAGCACCUCUCUGAGUCACUCUCCUGGGUGCUCCAGUACUUCGGGAAAUGGGCGACCUGGGAGACCCAGCCAGCACCAUCCGGAGGGACUACAGAGUGGUGAUGGGGUACCUCCAAGAAGCUUGCAGGAUGGAACCAGGGAAGGUUAUGGCCACUCCACAUCUCUUAAAGUACCGCUGGCUCGAUCACUCCAGAUUAGUGAAGAACUGCUGAGCAGAAACCAGUUUUCUACGGCUGCCAGCCAUGGGCCAUCUGGACUACAGAAUCAUGGACAGCACUUAAUAUUAUCCAGGGAGGCUUCUUGGGCAAAACCACACUACGAAUUCAAUUUCAGCCGCAUGAAAUUCAGGGGAAAUGGUGCACUCAGCAACAUCAGUGACCUUCCUUUUCUUACAGAAAACUCUGCCUUUCAAAAAAUGGCACUUCAAACUAAACAGGAUGGGAAAAAGGACGUGAGCCAUUCAUCUCCUGUGGAUUUAAAGAUACCACAAGUUCGAGGCAUGGACCUUUCAUGGGAGUCCCGCACUGGUGACCAGUACAGCUAUAGCUCUUUGGUAAUGGGUUCACAAACGGAGAGCGCGCUUAGCAAAAAGUUAAGGGCUAUCCUUCCAAAACAAAAUAGGAGAAGUUUGCUGGAUGCUGGACCAGAUUCCUGGGGCUCAGAUGCUGAGCAGUCUACCUCUGGACAGCCAUAUCCCACCUCAGAUCAAGAGGGAGAUCCUGGCUCCAAGCAACCUAGGAAGAAAAGAGGGAGAUACAGACAGUACAACAGCGAGAUACUGGAGGAAGCAAUCUCUGUGGUUAUGAGUGGGAAAAUGAGUGUUUCCAAAGCUCAGAGUAUUUAUGGGAUCCCCCACAGUACACUGGAGUACAAAGUUAAAGAGAGGCUGGGCACUUUGAAAAACCCUCCAAAGAAAAAAAUGAAAUUAAUGAGGUCGGAGGGGCAGGAAGUUUCAGUAAAGAUUGAAUUAGAUCCCCAGGGAGAAGCAGCACAAAGUGCGAAUGAAUUGAAGCAUGAAUAGGGAUGUUGUAGAGUGCCAAUUACUUUGCAAACUGGGUGAGCACUACUGCAUAGUUCAACCAUCACUGAGCGCACCUGAGUCUCCUGUUUACUGCAAUGCUCUUUCUUUUGCAGUUUAGCAUAGACUUAUGUGAACACAGGUGAAAGAUGUGCUCUGAAUGUCACAUUUGUAAAUUUUUCUAGCCUGGUAUGGCGCAGUUGCCCUCCUUCACCUGCCCACUGCCCUCUUUCUUUCUUUCUUUGUUCUUUUUUUUUUUUUUCUUUUGCCUUUUGCAUGUUUCUCUGUAAUAGAGAAUUGACUUACCUCACAAAGAAUGCAGAUCUGUAGAAGUGGACAUCUUGCCUGUAGAGCCUGCCUGAACUUCUGAUGUUGGAUUUUUCAUAUCUGCCUUUAUAGAAAUAAGUCCACUUUGUUAAACUGACACUCUCCUAAAACCAGGCAAUUUUCAAACGAAAAUCAGACUGUCAUUCUUCAAAAACGUUUCAGAGAUGUUUUUUU